AUGGGCUUGUUCUCCUGGAUUCGACCGAGUGGACGGGUCUCAUUCUUCCAUUCCAAAGACAACAACCUGUUGUUGGCGAAAAAGGCCGGCAAGUCCGGUGCUAAAGACCAGAUAACGCUGACGGAUCUUUGUCGGACUGCCACUCCGUCGAAAUGCGAUCUGAACCCAUUUCUCUUCAACGGUCAUUUGCAGACGGCCUGGACAACGGUGAAGCAUGAUCCCGUUCCGGUGUACUACAGGCGUCGGGUUUUUGAAGCCGAUAACCCGACCUUCAGCGGGCAUUUCGCCAUGGAUUUUGUGGUAGAUCCGUAUACGCCUCCCAAGGACGGCCCUCUCAUGGAUGAGGAGAGGAAAUACACGCAGCCUUCAGGCCUGCCGGAGCGUACCUCAUUUUUCUCCGAGGACGAGUUCUCUGCCCUGCCCUCCGAGGAUACGAAGCCUAUGCUGGUGGUUCUUCAUGGCCUUAGCGGUGGUUCCCAUGAGAUCUACUUGCGCCACAUUGUUGCGCCCCUGGUUGCGGAUAAGAGCUGGGAAGCCUGCGUGGUCAACUCCAGAGGCUGUGCUCAAACCAAGAUCACAACCGGUGUACUCUAUAAUGCGCGUGCCACAUGGGACGUUCGCCAGGCCGUGAAAUGGCUGCGCAAGACAUUCCCAAACCGGCCUCUAUUUGGCAUCGGGUUCUCCCUCGGUGCCAAUAUUCUUACCAACUACCUGGGCGAGGAAGGUGAGGCCUGCCAAUUGAAAGCCGCCGUAAUCUGCGCGAGCCCGUGGAACCUGGAAAUCAGCUCCGUCAAUCUGCAAAGUAGCUGGAUCGGGCUUGAGGUAUACAGCAAGGUCAUGGGUACUAGCAUGAAGCAACUUUUUGAACAGCAUGUGGAGGAAGUCUCGAAGAAUCCUCGGAUCGACGUUGAAACAGUGCGGAAGAUUAAGUACUUGCAUGAGUUUGAUCGGGCUUUACAAUGCGCACUCUGGGGCUACCCCACGGAGGGUGCCUAUUAUCGCGAUGCCACCUCCACGGAUUCAAUGCUUAACAUCAAGAUCCCAUUCUUCGCUGUCCAAGCCGAGGAUGAUCCGAUUGCCUCCGUCAAUGCUCUCCCGUUCCAGGAGAUCCAGCAAACCCCUUACGGUGUCAUGAUGACUACAUCUUGGGGUGGCCAUCUCGGAUGGUUUGAGCUGGGGGGUGACAGAUGGUUUGUUAAGCCGGUAACCAAUUUCCUGAAUCUAAUGGCCAAGGAAGUCGACCACGAAACCCCGUUUGUGGUCCAGAACCCAGAGAACGUCCCCGGUCAUAUCCAGAGCCACCCGGGACCCGGCAAAGACCUCGACACGGCACCCAAGCCGCACUUCAAUCCUGUCCACCGCAAACUAGGAUUGAACCUCUUCCCAUCUAAUUAG